AUGGAUACCGCCAUAAUAGGACACACGCCUCUCCAGGGAAAGAAAGUGACACCUGCAUGCGAGAAAUGCCGUGUCCUCAAGGUGAAAUGUGUUCAACCCGGAGAGGGACAGCCUUAUGUGCCAGAUCAAACUCUCAGUGUGUUUUUCCGGCGCCGAGGCAGCGAGCUCGAGUUGUACAACGCCCUAAACCGUAAGUGGUGGGGAUGGAGGCGACUGGCCGAUCUUGAGACCAAACUCACCAAUAUAAUCGGUCUUCUUUCGCGCUCGACUGAUCCCCUUACCGAGGUCCGAACACCGCUUGAUGACGAUUCUGGACCGCCUGCAAUAACCGAUUAUCCUGGUGACAGGCACCACCAAGCAGUCGAGUGGAUGAGCGAAGAUGUCCUUCCUAGUCCUGCGAUGGCCACAGGCCCGGAGUCAGGCGAACACCAGAAUACUAUGGAAACUUCGUGGGACUCCUCUACUGCUAUAGAUGCCGCGUGGGUGACCAGUUUAGGACUCAGUCCUGUCGUCCUCGAGCAUCUGCUAGACAGAUUCCGCGGCAUGGCAUCCUACUUCCCGUUUGUGCGACUCCCAAGCGCCUGCACUGCUGCAUCAAUGGCUAAAAAUCGCCCCUUCCUAUUGCUUGCAGCUCUCGGCGCUGCUUCAUCAAACUACUGCCAUAUUCAAGACGCUCUGAUCCGACAAUUUAGAGAGUCCCUCGGCCAGCAGGCUGUCAUCGCUGGCGAGAAGGACUUAGAUCUGCUCCAGGGAUUACUUGUCCACCUUGCCUGGUUCCAUUUCUCGUUCAUUCCAGGGAGUCAGCAAGAAUACCAGUACCUACACAUUGCGAUCAGCAUGGCCAUUGAUCUGCGACUCGACCAAGCGACGGCCGACGUAGUCGAGCAGCGAAAUGAACUGAGGGAUCCGUAUGCUCGGGAUGCAUGCCGAGCUUAUUUGGGCUGUUAUUACAUGUCUAGCAUCAUUGCAUUGGCCUCGGGAAAGCCCAAUAACCUCCGAUUCCACAAGGACAUGCUUCAAUGCGCGAUGCUGCUGCAGCGGGAACCAGAGUUUGAGACCGACCUCUUGAUCUAUCCGAUAACGAAGGUCCUGCAGUUUACUGACGAUGUCUGCGAGACUUAUCGAUCAGAAGUGUUGCUGAUUGACCGCUAUUAUGCCGUCAAGAUCCGAAUCGAAGAAAUGGGAUUGGUGUAUUGCUACGGGCAGAGAAGACCUCCAUCUCGAGAAAGAGAAAAAGCGUCCACCAUCUUGUCUGCACAUCCACGGGUCAUCAGCAACCUGAUCAAAUGUGUCAGUUCUGCACAAGGCUAUCUCGCUAUAUUUUGCGCCCUUCCGGUUACAGAGCAAAGUAGCUUCCCAUUUCCUACCUGGUACCAGGUUAUUUUGGUUGUCUUUGUGCUGUACAGGUUGUCCGUGGGACUGCCGGAAGUACCCCAGUGGAACGUUGAUCUCGCGCGGCAGACUGUGAAUCUACAGGAAUACAUUGGUCAACUGCUGUCCCAGUUCCAAGCUAUUGAGCCUUUGACAGACAGGCAAAUACCCACCAAGAGCCUCUUUGCGAGGCUGCCGGAGAUCAUGAAAAGUGUGAGAACUUCCUAUGCAUUGGCAACCGAGAAGGGCGCACAGGGGGGUGAUAGCUGCCAUGCACACCACGAGCUUGCGGCUUGGAAUCGCACCGCCCCCUCUAAUCCAGGGCUGCACCGCUGCCCAGCAGUGCGGUAUUCUAUGCGUCACGUCGCCGCAGCUCACGAUGUACCCACCCCACCGAGCGCGGUUGCUACAGAAGUCCAGAGGAUUGAAGAUGAGAAGCUAUGGGGCGAUCUAUUUCUGAUGGAUACACUCUCUAGUGUGACAGGGGCUCCUCCUUCAAUAUUUGACCAGUGA